AUGUUCUUGAUUAUCGCCCUAUUCGUGCUUUCCGUUGCAAUCUUCUAUAUAUGGCGAUUCUAUGAAAAUGUAAAGCGUUAUCCAAAAGGACCAACACCUAUCCCGAUUUUCGGAAACCUAUUUUCGACGAAUUUCCGAAAACUACACGAGCAGCUAACGGAUUUUUCUAAAGUCUAUGGUAACGUAUUUACUGUAUGGAUUCCAAAACCGACAGUGGUAGUGACGGAUUAUGAAGGAAUCAAAGAGGCUUUCGCAAAGAAAGGAGAUGAUUUCUCGGGCAGAACAGGCAUCUUUCCUGAUACUAUCUUCCAGAACGUGGAAAACGGCGGUGUUAUCUUCUCACAGGAUGAUAACUGGAAAGAACAACGACGCAUUUCACUGCAUAUUCUCCGAGAUUUCGGGAUGGGAAAAAAUCUGAUGGAAGAACAAGUGCUUCUUUCAGCUCAGGAAUUUAUUGCUCAUAUGGCUUCCAUGAAGAACAAGGAGGCGGUAGAUAUGCGACAUCCAAUUCAAGUCUUCGUUGCUAACAUCAUCAACAAAACAUUGUUCGGCUUUAGUUAUGAAUACAACAGAAGCGAACGAUUGAUGGCAUUUGUAGAUCGUUUCACGAGCCUAAUUGAUUGUAUUAAAGACAGCAAGAUAACCUUCUUCGCACAACUAUUCCCAGUCAUAUAUCGUUUACCUAUUGUUGGAUACUACUCGUGCGGACGCUUCCAGCAAUCUGUGGACAAGUUAAAAAUCAGUAUCCGAGAAGACGUGGAACGAUGCCUAAAGUCGUACAACGUUGAUGAAGAACCGGAAUGCUUUGCGCAGGCCUAUUGUCAAAAAAUGCAGAGUAACCCUGAGCUGAAUUAUGACAAUCUUCUCAAUGUUUGCAUGGAUUUCUUUUUGGCUGGCAUGGAAACAACCUCUACAACGCUCAGAUGGAGUACAUUGUUCCUGGCUAACGACACAAGAGUACAGGAUAAGAUCCGUGCGGAAAUUCUGAGUGUUGUGGGCCGCGAUGGCAAACCAAGCACAUCGUACAGGAACAGAAUGCCAUACACGUGCGCAGCAAUACAGGAAAUCCAAAGAUGUGCCAACAUUGUUCCUAUUAACGUUCUUCAUCGAACCAUCAAAGACACAAGCGUUGGUUCCGUUGCAAUCCCUGCCGAUACAAUUGUGAUUGGACAUAUCCAGCAUGUUAUGGCUCACUCACCAGUCUUCAAGAAUCCGGACGAAUUCAGGCCAGAGAGAUUUCUUAUGGACGAUGGUGUGACAUCUAACAAGGAGGUAGUAGAGCAGCUCUGUCCCUUCUCUAUCGGUAAAAGACAGUGCGCCGGCGAAGGAUUGGCGAAGGUGGAGCUGUUCAUAGGCCUUGUAACUCUUCUGCAGAACUACAAGUUCGAACCCUCAAAGGGACGUACAAUCGACCUAGAACCUAUUUGUGCUGGUGUUUUGUUGCCGAAACAACAACCUUUACGGGUUACUCAACUCUAA